AUGAUAGUGGAGAGAGAUGGGGGAUACCGAAGUGUAACAGAUGAUAAUCUUUGGCCAGUGAUCGCUAAAGACAUGGGAUACGAGUACCAAGACGGAGAAUACAUGAGGAUAAUCUAUGCCAUGUAUCUAGAUGUUUUGGUUUACUGUUACAGGUUUAAGGAUAUUCAAGAAAAGGCACAUGACAAAGAAAUGAUGAAGGAAGGGGAACCAUCGUCGGAAGGCUGCCACGAACGAAGUGCAAGUGCUGAAGCUGUGAAAGAAGUUGCUGCCAUGGAUCAUUAUGCUCUAUACGCAGGCAACGAUUGGGAAGGGGCUUGGAAAAUGCACAAGAGACGAAGGAAAUUCGACUUCAAGGAGGCAAGGAAAGUUGUCGAUGAAGCCAAUAAGAGUGUACAUUUGAUAAGUGUGAGUGUUGAUCAUAAGCGGGUUUUGCAAGAUGGUCAGGUUACACAAUCAGGAACCUAUGAGGAUCUCUUAAUGGCAGGGACAACUUUUGAGCAGCUUGUGAAUGCUCAUAAAGAUGCCAUUACAAGCUUAGAUAGUUCACCUUCUGAAAGUAAAAGCGAACCCCAUGUUACAGAUAAUAAAAAUGGGCUCAAUAAAAAGAGCAACAAGGAAAAGAUAUUGACAAAGGGUUUAGGAGUACAAUUGACUGAAGACGAAGAAAAGGACACUGGGAAUGUUGGAUGGAAUACAUUCUUAGAUUAUGUUGCCAUCUCAAAAGGAACAUGGUUUUUUUCAUUAAGUAUCAUAAGUCAUGUUGGUUUUGUUGCUCUUCAGGCGGUUGCAAGUUAUUGGCUAGCAUUUGGUAUUCAAAUCCCUGAAAUCACCAUUCUCAUGUUGAUUUGUGUUUACACUUUGAUUUCAACUACAAGCAUGCUUUUUGUGUCUCUGAGAUCCCUUUUUGCUACACUUUUGGGAUUAAAAGCAUCUAAGGCAUUUUUCCACAAGUUCACAGAUUCGGUUUUCACUGCUCCCAUGGUCUUCUUUGACUCUACUCCAAUUGGACGACUAUUAACAAGGGCCUCAUCUGAUUUGAGUGUGAUUGAUUUUGACAUACCAUUUUCGUUUGCCUUUGCGUUUAGUGCUGGUAUUGAUUUACUUGCCACAAUUGGUAUUAUGGCUUCAGUGACUUGGCAAGUUCUCAUUGUAGCCAUCUUUGCUAUCGCGGCUUCAAAAUAUAUGCAGGGAUAUUAUCAGCCAACUGCUAGGGAGCUAAUGAGAAUCAAUGGAACCACAAAAGCACCCCUGAUGAAUUAUGCAUCGGAAACAUCACUUGGAGUUGCAACAAUAAGAGCAUUUAAAAUGCAAGAUAGGUUUUUUGAAGAAUACCUAAAAUUGGUGGAUAGUGAUUCAAGUACUUUGAUUUUCUCAAAUGCAACAUUAGAAUGGUUGAUUUUGAGAACAGAAGCUUUUUCAAACCUAACCCUAAUCACAGCUGCUUUUCUCCUGGUUUACACUCGAAAAGGCCCUGCGUCUUCAGGGUUGGUUGGCCUCUCUCUAUCUUAUGCAUUGACACUAUCUGGUAUCCAAGUGUUCUUUACUAGAUGGUAUUGUAGCUUAGCCAAUUAUGUUAUAUCAAUAGAAAGAAUCAAACAAUUUAUGCAUAUUCCACCCGAGCAAUCAGCAACUUUGGAGAACAACAGACCACCAUCAUCUUGGCCUUCCAAGGGAAAGAUACAAUUCGAGGAUCUAAAGUUGAGAUAUCGUCCAAACGCACCACUAGUUCUCAAAGGAAUCACUUGUACAUUCAAAGAAGGGACUAGAGUAGGUGUUGUUGGAAGGACCGGAAGUGGCAAAACCACGCUUACAACAGCGUUAUUUCGUUUGGUAGAACCUGAUAGUGGAAGAAUUCUUAUAGAUGGAUUAAACAUUUGCGAUAUGGGACUUAAAGAUCUGAGAAUGAAACUAAGUGUCAUCCCACAAGAACCCACCCUUUUUAGGGGCAGUAUUCGAACGAAUUUGGACCCACUUGAACUUCAUUCAGAUGAUGAGAUAUGGAAGAGCACUAGUGAUGGCCACAGGUAUUUAAGUUUCACCUAUGGUGGGUCGGGUGAGUUUUCCCCUCCAGAUCUUAAGUUCAAGUCUGGGUGA